CUGCUACCAUAAUCAUGCACUGAUAUGAGACUCUAGGACGCAGAAGCGAGAAUAGAACUUCUACGUCAAAAGGUGGGCCUCUCAGAAGCAAGCAAACACCGGCAAGACGACGAGACAGAGGACGAGGGGCCACGAGCAGGACCCUCAUCCUUGACGUCCGGGGGACAUAUCAACUUGUUCGAGGAUCUGGAACGGCAAAACAUGGCUAUCAUGAUCAAGACAUCACAGAAGACCAAGUCGGGUCCGUCAACGAACGAGCAGGGGAUCCCACUCGCACCAUCAGAAAAGGACCGCAAUCCAUGGUAUUCAGAUCGCGACCACGAGCGGAAGCGGGAUUUGGACGAAGACAAGAAGCUACGCGACCUCGCCCGCAAAUCUGUGCACGACCCGCUCACGAGCAUUAACCAGCAACUCGCCAAGGGCGAUUCCCCACCCAAACCCCGCCCUCCGCCGUCAUCGUCGCGCAGCCUUACCACAGCCGACAACAAGGUCGCAGAACGGUUGAGCCGAGAGUCGGCAGAGCGACAGCGUGCACUUGCGCUCAUCGCAAAGAAGAAACGCGAGAUGGAGAGUGCGACGCCAAGUACCGUGCGCGGUGGACGUGAUGGCAUGGACGGUGGGUACGGUGACAUGUAUAACCGCCGCGAGGUCGAAGAGGCGCAUCGGCAUCGAGAGCGGAAGGAGUACGGUGUGCGAGAUGAUCAGCGGGAUAAGCGAAAUUUCCACAGGGAUGAGCGGGUAGAUGAUGGGCGAGUAGGGCGCAGGUGGUGACUGACCUCGUCAUGUAUGCAUCGCGUU